UCACAAGUGUCGCAGAUUAGAACCAAUUUGAUCUCCCAACUCAACCUACCUCCACCACACGCCGCCACAAUUCCCAAUUGAGAUUUCUAUCCUCGUCAAAUUUGAUCACAUCAAUCAACUCCGUUUCUCUUUCUAUUUAGAUACGUAGAGACGUGAGAGAGCUCGAUCAUGGCGUCUUCUACAAUUGCUGCAGGCUCAGCUACAUCGUCUUUCAUUAAAAAGAAUGAAAUGGGUUUAUCGUCAUUCACUCCAACUUCGUUUCGUACACGUAGCUGUAAAAGAGCUUUUUCUAAGAAAGUUGUUUCAGUAAUGUCACCUCCACAGUCUGAGCGUAGACCUUCGACGACUGGUUCAGUGAAAACUGCUAUGACUAUGACUGAGAAGAUAAUGGCAAGAGCGUCUGAGAAAUCCCAAGUGGUUCCAGGAGAGAAUGUAUGGGUCAACGUUGAUGUUUUGAUGACUCAUGAUGUUUGUGGACCUGGAACUAUUGGGAUAUUCAAGAAAGAAUUUGGAGAAAAUGCCAAGGUUUGGGAUCGUGAAAAGAUUGUAAUUAUACCUGAUCAUUAUAUAUUCACAAGUGAUGAACGUGCAAAUCGUAAUGUGGACAUCUUGAGGGAUUUCUGUGCGGAGCAAGAUAUCAAAUACUUUUAUGAUAUCAAGGAUCUUGGAAAUUUCAGGGCUAACCCUGAUUACAAGGGUGUCUGCCAUGUUGCUCUUGCCCAAGAAGGUCACUGCAGGCCUGGAGAGGUUCUUUUGGGUACAGACUCUCACACGUGCAAUGCUGGAGCUUUUGGGCAGUUUGCUAGUGGAAUAGGAAACACUGAUGCUGGUUUUGUAAUGGGCACUGGAAAAUCCCUUCUAAAGGUGCCUCCGACUUUACGAUUUAUAUUGGAUGGGGAGAUGCCAAGUUACUUGCUUGCUAAGGAUUUGAUUUUGCAAAUUAUUGGUGAAAUAACUGUUGCUGGGGCAACAUAUAAAUCGAUGGAGUUUGUUGGCUCCGCUGUUGAAAGUCUAACUAUGGAAGAAAGAAUGACGUUGUGUAACAUGGUUGUGGAAGCUGGGGGAAAGAAUGGUGUUGUUCCUGCUGACAGUACUACAUAUAAAUACCUUGAGGGAAAGACGUCGGUGGAGUUUAAUCCAGUUUAUAGUGAUGAUAAUGCAAGAUUCCUUCAACAAUAUGCAAUUAACGUCUCAAAGUUGGAGCCGUUGGUUGCCAAGCCACAUUCUCCUGACAAUCGUGCUAUGGCAAGAGAAUGCAAGGAUGUAAAAAUUGACAGGGUAUAUAUAGGCUCAUGUACUGGUGGAAAGACCGAGGAUUUUCUAUCUGCAGCAAAAGUUUUCCUUGCUUCGGGCAAAAAGGUCAAAGUGCCAACUUUUCUUGUUCCUGCCACCCAAAAGGUCUGGAUGGAUUUAUAUGCCAUGGCAGUUCCUGGAUCAGGUGGCAAGACAUGCUCACAGAUAUUUGAAGAGGCAGGUUGUGAUACCCCUGCAAGUCCUAGUUGUGGAGCUUGUUUAGGUGGGCCUAGAGAUACGUAUGCACGUAUGAACGAGCCCAAGGUAUGUGUGUCGACAACAAACAGAAACUUCCCCGGCAGGAUGGGACACAAGGAAGGGGAGAUAUAUUUGGCUUCCCCUUAUACUGCAGCAGCAUCUGCUUUGACAGGUUAUGUCACCGACCCAAGAGACUACUUGCAGUAAAACCCUAUGUAGCCUUUCAUCACUUGUUGUAUGAGUUUCAUCAGAUUUAUUUGAAGAUUUUGUAGUUGUGAUCAUUUUAUGGAGAUGGAUCUAAAAUAAAACUUAAAAAGACAAAUCAAGUUGUUACCUAGGAAUGCAUAUGCUAGAGUGUCUUCACUCUAAAUCUAAACAGAAUAAUCUCAUUUGUGAAAUUAUGAAAUGUUUUGUCUUUCGUUUCUUGAGCUGAA